AAGAAAUUUCGACAGGGAUGAUUGACAUCCAUAGUGGUCGGAUAUUUAGAGAGAGAGAGGAGACAUACCAAAAUCCCCACUAAUACUGAUUUAGACUCACUCUUCAGCAGCAUCGUCGCGAGUCAAGCAGAAUAGAUAAUCAUUAUGUCUCAACCCGAGAGCCAGAGCACGUCGGACGAGAGGGUUAAAGACCUUUCGCCAUCGAUCGAGGAGGACAGCCGCUGGAAGGAGAUACCGAUGGAGGACGUACGUACGCGAUUCAUUCCCUGGGACGGUGCUCCAGCCAGCGAGUAUGGGUACUCGGACCUACAGGAGUACCAAACCUGGCGAUCGACCGAAGGCGUCGGGGACAUUAUUCCUCGUCCGGCUGAAGCAUAUCCAACGAGGCAAUUCUUUGCCUGGGACACUGCUCCUGACAGAACGUAUGGGUACUCAGACGCUACGCCCGAACUAUCAGAUAACUCGUAUCAUGUUGGCUGUCGGGAAGGCAGCAGUCUGCCACUGGAAUACCAACCGUGGCACAGUGUUGUCCAGGUCACGCCAACUCACGUAGAGCAACCGCAGGCUUGGCUUGGAUACAACGUUCAGCAAGGCCCCCAAGGCGAAGGAAGCAGACUAUUACCGCGCACCGUGACAUCAGUGCGCACACAGCCUAGUGCCAACGACUUUCCAGCUGGCUCAUCCUCAGGCCUUCAAGAAGAGUAUCAAAGUCAAGAAAUGGUGGCAAGCUCCCACGGAGGGCAGGAAACUCCGGAGUUUUGGGUCAUGGGAGAGGUGCGAUGCAAAGGCUCAGCCGAAGACAUCUGUCAGAUGGUCGGUUCUUGGUUCCAAGACCAGGAUAGUCGGCGUUCUUUCGAAUAUUUAGGCGAACCUUAUGGGAUUAGCCAAAGGUCUUCGAAACAAAAUCGCAAGCCGGCGCCAAAGCAUAUCAAGUCUGCGACUGGCAAGGUGAAAGACGAUCUGAAUCCGCUGAAUCCAGACCUCGAUGUCGGGAUUAAACUGGGCGUCAGAAAGACAGGAUAUCCUUUCGCAAGUGUUCUCAGUAACACCGCGGGCAAAGAUGAAAGAUUCUUUUCCGCUCCAGUGAACACGCUCGAAUCGAUCAAUAAGCGUCGAGAGGCUCGAAUCGAUCCACAGGCGUCGAGAGGCUGGAGCUGGAAAGAAUUUCGGCCGCAAUUGAACACCGGCGAAAGAAGUAGCACAUCUCAAUCGACGAAGAUCGAGAACUGAGGGGAGAAGGACGGCAGGAAAACCCAUCACCCUCCCCGCGAGGGCGACAUCGCACCUAGCUUGAGCCUCCCUCAAUCUUUAUGCGGGCCAAUGCACAUACAGCAGAUUCCACGCAAAAAGCUCUCUAUCUUCAGCAUAAUACCCACACUCGGGUCUGCAGGCUGCUAAACGCGGCGCGUCCACCUGUGUUUUA